CGUCAAGGUGUAAAGAACGUAUAUAAUAUUAAUAAAACUUUAAAAUAAAAUAUAAUGGAACGCUGGCAAAAUAAAGUAGCUGUUGUAACCGGGGCCAGUUCAGGCAUUGGUUCAGCCAUAGUUAAAGAUCUUAUCAACAAUGGUUUACAAGUUGUUGGUCUGGCAAGACGUGUGGAUAGAGUUGAGGAUAUAAAAGCACAAUUACCAGUUAAACUACAAUCAAAAUUAACCGCUAUUAAAUGUGACGUUUCCGAUGUGAAAUCUGUUAAUGACGCAUUCGAUAAAAUCAUCUCGCUCUUUGGUGGUGUUGAUAUAUUAGUAAAUAAUGCUGGUUGUUUAACAAGUGGUCAGCUGUGUACAGCUGAUGUUGAUAAGAUACAACAGGUUUUACAGACAAAUGUCAUGGGCGUAGUUUAUUGUACUCAGCGUGCUUUUAAAUCGAUGAAAGAGCGUAAUUUUGAUGGUCAUGUUGUUUUAAUCAAUAGUAUUGCCGGUCAUAAUGUGAUAGCUUUAGGAGAUCAAGCACCAGAUGGUAAUAUUUAUUCUCCUAGUAAAUAUGCUAUUACCGCCAUAACAGAAAUCUAUCGUCAAGAAUUUAAAGGUUUAGGCACUAAGAUUAAAGUAACGAGUGUUAGUCCCGGUGCUGUUGACACUGAAAUUGUUCCCGAUAAUAUUAAAGAGUUUCUAGGUGAAUGCUUACUUAAAGCUGAAGAUAUUUCUGCUGGUGUUUUGUAUGCCAUUUCUACACCACCCCAUGUUCAAAUUCAUGAAAUGACUAUAAAACCAGUGGGUGAAUUAUUUUAAGAGAAUUAGUAAAAUUUUUUUAAAUGUAUUAAGUUUAGAUAAUUUGCAGUAUAUUGCUCUUAAUAAUAAAUAAAAAAAGCAAAGAAUAUGGAUUCACUUUUUUUGAUCAAAGCUAUGUAUGGGACUACUUCC